ACCCAUUACUUUACCUUUCCAUCAAGUGAGGCAUGUUCUGCCUGCAAUUCUCAACAUAGUAUGUGGGCUGAUGUGCAUAGAGGGCCAACUGAGAACACUGCAGCCCCCUGUCUCCUUUAGGUCACCAUGCCUCUUCCAGGUCAGACCUGCACAUGCCCAGCUCUUCUUCCACUGCCUUGGCCAGUCAAAGAUGUGCUGAUUCCCUACCCCCCCGGACAAGGCUGGCUCCAGCAGCCUGUUCCCCAGCUGGAGCCAAGAGGGUCCUAGCUCUAGUAUUGGUCCCAGGUGCUCGCUCUCCAUAUUUCCCCCCACCUCACCCCACCCUGCCCAACCCAGUUCCAGUCACAGCCAGGCCAAGAGCCUCUUCCAUCCCACUCAACACCUUGGGACCUUUCCGCCUAGGAGGAAAACAAUUCCCACCCCCGAAGUGACAUCAUCCUAAACCUCAACCUGCGCCCCAGGCAGCUAGGCCAGGCAGGCAGCAUGCCGGGUCACGCGACGCCAUUCCAACUGCCUCCCAGCACUUCCGUCAACACAGCGUGGGGCCUUUCAAUGGAAACAAAACCAGUUAUCAGAAGGUAUGAAACAAGGAGGAACACAAGAAUAGAAGAACCAGCAUCCAAAUCUCGGGUUGAUUGGAGGCGGACUAAAAGAGAGACCAUAUUGCUUGACAGUGAUGAAGAACCCACAUCUGCUUCAGAAGAUGAACAACUCCCCUCUACAUCAGAAGACGAAGUGGAUGAAAAACAAGAAACUGUAGUUAAGAGGUAUAAUCUUACAGAUCAUGAGGAGAAAGGCCAUGAUGACACAGUCAUAGAGGAUGUGGAGGAUGAGUGCAUCACUCCAGGGAAGCGUAAGAGGUCAAGCACGUCUGUAAUGUAUGACAGUGACAGGAGUGAUGACAGUGACAUCCCAGUUAGAAAAGUAUUUGCUAAACGUUAUUGCAUAAUGGAUGAAGAUGAGUGUUCUCAGGAACAGGAACAAUAUAAAACCCCUACUGCAGAAGACGACUUGACUAAUAGGAAACAGAAGCAGCUAAUGAAACUGAAAGAACUCGCAAGACAAAGAUCAGCCCGGGAUUCUGAUGAUGAUGAUGUGGAAAUAAUAGAAGAAUCAUCCUAUCAUUUACCCCUCACACCAACAGAAAGCAGUGACAUUGAUGAUGAUGAUGAUAGUAUGAAAGAUUUUAUAGUUGAGGAUGAGGAAGAAUGUGCAGAACAUUCUGAGGAUGAAAACCAACCACAAGGGAAAGAACUGGCUACAUCAAAAUUCCAAUUACUGGACUAUCACAUUCCACACUUCUCUCGCUGUGACCAUUAUGUCCACUUCCAAAGAGUUGUAAAAGCUUUCCUCAUCAACACAAUUGAUGACACUUUUUUGAGCUCAUUGUAUGGUGAGUAACAUUACCUGGCAGAAAAUGUAAUGCCUAUGG